AUGCACCGACCGAGGAGCAGAGCAGCCACAAUGACGACAGCAGACUCUCCCACCGCCCGCAAGCCUUCCUUCGGCGCCGGCAUCCUAGGCUCAUCCGUCGAACGCAUGUCCUCCCACUCCCAAUCACCGCAGAAUAAGAAUGACCGUCCCAGCCCCAGGAAGCCAUCCAUCGACCCGGGCAGACUGGGCGGCAUGCACGCCCUCACUCCAAGCCCACAGCUGGUCAAGGAAAUGAAGGCGAUGAACCUCAAAGGCCCCUAUAACGUCCUCUUCAUCGGAGCUGGGAAUAUCAACUUUGGAAGUGACCAAGGCCCCUGGAAUCAUUCGGUGCGGCUGGAGCACAAGCUGCAGACUCGUCUGCGGGUCGUGGGCAUUGUGGACCCGGCGAUCCACCGCGCCAAGGAGGUGAUCAGUGUCAAGUGCGGCUCGUUUGUCGAGGCGGCCUACAAGGAUGCGCGGCUGUGCAAGGAUCUCGACGAGUUUGCGAAGCAGAUCCCUCCCGCUGAGACCCCUCAUGCGAUCGUCAUCGGCAGUCCCGCCCAGUACCAUGGUAGCAAUUUACCAGGCCAAGACUUGGAGCUCCAAUGCUUGAAACACUUCCCAGAUGCGGCGCUGUUUGUUGAGAAGCCGAUCUCGUGUGCGCCGGUGCCAGCAUGCUAUGCGCUCGCCGACAUCUUCGACAAGAAGCAAUCAGUCGUGUCGGUCGGCUACAUGUUGCGCUACCUGCAGGUCAUCCAGCAAAUGCAGCGCAUUAUUGAGGAGACUGGCAAGCCAGUCAUGAUGGUCGUCGCCCGAUAUGUUUGUAGUUACGCCAAGAUUAACAGUGAGGUGUGGUGGAACAAGUCCAAAAGCUUGGGCCCGAUCGUCGAACAGGGCACCCAUCUGGUCGACUUGUGCCGAUACUUUGGCGGAGAGGCUCUCUUGGACACCGUCCAAGCCACCUCGACCGAGCAUUACGAGGAGGCGGGCAAGCUGGAGGCGAUCCCGAUCGACGAGUCCAAGAUCCCGGUUGAUGAUCGAUUACCACGAACCACUUCGGCCAUAUGGAAAUUCAACACCGGCGCGGUCUGCUCGUUCUCUCAUGCCUUAACUCUCCAGGGCACGAAAUACUCGACCGAGUUAGAGGUUUACUUGGAUGGAUGGCAGAUGAAAGUGGUGGAUCUGUACAACGAGCCGACGUUGUAUGUGCGCUCGCCGGAGGCGGAUGCGGAGCAGAAGAUCAACUUCCCCUCCGACGACCCCUACUUCAGCGAGAUCUCGGCCUGGAUCGAUGCCAGUGAGAGUCGCGAGUCUCACAACGAGUCCGCGAUUGCUGAGGACGACGAGACGGACAUCCCGAAUGGGAUCCUUAGUUCCUUCAGAGACUCGUGUGGCACUUAUGCCCUUACUUGGGCGAUCAAGGAGGCCUCAGAACGCGCCAAGAAGACCGCCACUAAACCUUCCCAAUAA